AUGACCAAAGUGUUCAGAGAGACUGUUGUGGAAAUUUGGGGAUCCCGAGCGAUUAAUUAUGGUUUGCUUUCUGCGAUAUUCAUUAUAGUAAACUCGAUUAUCGGAUCAGGGAUUUUUUCAACACCUGCAUCAGUUUACAAACAUGCAGGUUCUGUGGGCUUGUCGUUAAUGCUCUGGCUAGCAGGAGGAUUUAUAUCCUUGUGUGGUUCAUCGAUGGCUUUAGAGUUUGGCACCGGUAUACCUGUUUCAGGUGGAUUGAAGAAUUAUUUAGAGCGUUCAUUACCGAACAGGCGCCUUCUCGGUACUUGCUUUUACAUUUUCUAUUGCACCUUCUUGCAAGUUUCAACAUCUUCAGCAAUCUCAUUUGCCAACUACAUUCUCCUCGCGGCAGGACAGGAGGUCACAACUUGGAAGAUGCGUGGUGUCGCUAUUGCAAGUGUCUCAUUUGCGGUUUUGAUAUUUGCUUUCUUUCCAAGAGCUGCGAUGUAUACAAACAAUAUGUUUGGUGCCAUUAAGAUUAUUAUGCUGUUAUUUGUUAUCUUCACAGAUAUAAAAACAGGAUUUGCAGCAUUGGGAGGUCACAACAAACUUGAAGAAAAGCCUGACAAUUUCAAUCCUAAAACAUUAUUUCAAGGCACAAAAACAAAUGUAUAUGACAUUUCAACAGCACUCCUGAAUUGUAUCUUCUCAUAUCAAGGAUAUGAUCAGGUGAACGCGAUUCUUUCAGAGGUUAGGAAUCCAGAAUCCAUUGCAAUGGCGACCGUAACUAUACUCAGUAUCCUGGCAAAUGUUGCUUAUUUUGCUGGUGUAUCGGUUGAUCAGUUUCAUGACAAUGGUGUUACGGUAGCUGGGUUCCUCUUUCUUAACGUGUUAGGUGACAAAGCGGGAAAUCAAGUUCUGCCUGUUCUAAUCGCGUUAUCAGCCCUAGGACAUCUCAUUUCAAUGUCAAAAUCAAUCUCAGUAGUUUUGCAGGUGCUCGCUAAGGAGGAUGUUCUCAUAUUCAACGACAUUUUCACAAGCAGCAAACCGUUUGGAAGCCCACUAGCCGGCCUUGGUGUUGUGUGGGUUGUAACAAUCAUCUUUGUUUGUGCUCCACCAGCAGGUGAAGCUUAUGACUUCGUGGUUUCGUUAAGUUCAUAUCCCUACACGCUUAUGCUAUUUUUAUGUACGGUGGGAGCCGUUAAGUUGCGUUACUUCGAUAAUGAUUGGAAUCCGCCGUUCAAAGCACCAAUUCUUGGACUCAUUGUAUUCAUCCUUGCCUGUCUAUUCUUACUCAUCGCGCCUUUCGUUCCUCCAAAAGAUAAUGACUCAAAUAUCCCUUAUUAUUUGUCAUCCGUGGUAUCAUUAUCAAUUACUCUGCUUGGAGUCGUUUGGUACUUUGUCAGAUUCAUCAUUGCACCAUUCCUGUUUCGCUACAAACUUGUUCCCAAGUACAAAGACCUUCCAGAUGGAUCUAGGAUUACACGAUAUAAACGCAUUAGUAAGUAAUAAUUGUAUUUUUU